AAGCUCUGUGCUCACACACCUGAGCCUCGCCUACACAGCAUUGGGCAAUUCUGUCUCUCAUUGUGUAGACAUAAUAAAUGCAUGAAUUGUGAGUAACUUUUUUUUCGGACAAGGUGUUCAGACAAGUUAUGGAUGCAGAGAGAGAAACUAACUAAACCCCUGAGGGUCCAGCGCAGUGUUACAAUAGUCUCACUUACAGGGACACACAUUGUUAUAAUGUGUUUUAAAGUCUCUGAGGACAUGAAUCAGGAUCCUGUUUCAAUCUUAUUGUCAUCGAAAGGAGACAUAGAAAGAGAAACACACAUGUGGGUCAUUGUUUAUGAAAACAAUAGUUUGCAUUUUGUGAUUAUUUCACACAAAAUGUUGUGAAAUAAUCAAAAAUGGUGUUCCAAUGAAGUUAAAGCUGAUUGGCUGGCGACUUCUAUUGAUUUGUUGAUUAUUUAUAAAAACAUGUUUAUUAAUUUUGCAUUAAAAAAAGUUCCAAACUAGACACUAAACUAUCAGGUAUCCUUACAUUGUGACGUCACGGGUUCUUUGCGUGUGUGUGGGACAUUUUUUGCAAUCCGGGAAAAAAGAAAAACCUCAAUUCGUCCACCGAGUGAGCUCAGCGGCGGUGACGCGCAUGCGCACUGCGCAGUCUGGUGACGUAGCGGCCGGACGCUCCUUAUUUGGAGAAGCCUCGCGCUUUUUAGAGAAGCUCUCACCGGAGAGCGUGAAUCAGUUCAGGCUGCAGACCGAGGUCCACGCACCGUGACCCGGGAGACCGAGCAGCGCGCGCACGGUGCCCGAGGACUUACCGCGACAUGGUGGCGACCGGCCGCCCCGCAGCGCUGCCCACACUCUUCCUCUUCUUCUCCCUCUUCUUCGUCUCCUCACAGGCUUCAGACCCGUAUCCCCGAGCUCAGAAUGUCACCUGGAAAUCCACCAACUUCAAAACCAUCCUGACGUGGGAGCCCGAGCCGUCGGAGAACUACUCCUUCACGGUGGAGUUCUCCUCGCUCAGUGGCGACAAGCAGCGGAGCCGCCACUGCAUCCGGUCCUCAGCGGCGCUGUGCGACCUGUCGGGCUCGCUGAGCGACCUGCAGGCCUGCUACACGGCCGACGUGCUGUCAGAACCCCCCAGGGGGGCGAGCUCGGACAUCAUCGAGUUCCCCCACACCCGCUCGCCCAGAUUCUGCCCCUACAAGGACACCGACAUAGGAAGACCGGACUUCAAGCUGCAGGUCAGCGACGACAAGAAGAAGACCACGCUGUACGUGGAGGACCCGCUCACCGCCAUCUUUAAAGACGGCCGCCAGCUCAACAUCAGGGACGUCUUCUCCGACCAGCUGCUCUACAGAGUCACGUACCGGAGGAACAAGAGCACGGGCAGAAAGACGUACGACUCGAGGAGCAGCGCGGUGGAGCUGGUGGGUCUGGACCGCGGGGAGAGCUACUGCUUCAGCGUCCAGGCCUUCAUCCCGAGCCGCGGCAGCCACAAGCAGCUGGGCGAGCCGAGCGCCACGCGGUGCUCCGCCCACGAGGACCAGUCCAUCUUCGAAGUGUACUCGGCGGGCGUGAUCGCUGCCGCCAUCUUCCUCGUCCUGCUGCUCGUCGGCCUCGUCGUCGCGGUUACUGUCGUCUGCUGCAAGCGCAGGAAGAACGCCCGGAAGAGCGGGAAAGAAGGCGUGCCUCUCCGGGAUGUAUAGACACACACACACACACACACACACACACACACACAUUACAUUGUAUAUUAUUUAGUUGACGCUUUUAUCCAAAGCGACUUCAACCAAUCAAACAACAAGAAUCAAGGAAGUACAAUUUCUGAACGGCUUGGAGUGUGAGGCUAGACCAGGUCCUGUUAGACCCGGUCCUGUUAGACCCGGUCCUGUUAGACCAUGUCCUCUAAGGUUAGACCAGGUCCUGUUAGACCCGGUCAUGUUAGACCAGGUCUUGUAAGACCAGGUCUUGUAAGACCAGGUCCUUUAGACCACAACUGGUUAGACCAGGUCCUGUUAGACCAUGUCCUCUAAGGUUAGACCAGGUCUUGUUAGACCAGGUCCUCUAAGGUUAGACCAGGUCCUGUAAGGUCUAAGGUCUUAAUAGGUAGACCUGCCAGGAGAGAGUUAAAGUAGUCUAGGUGUGAGAUGACCAGAGCCUGGACCAGAACCUGGACCAGAACUGGACCAGAACCUGGACCAGAACCUGUGCCGCCUUCUGAGUGAAGAAGAGGACGUAUUCUCCUGAUGUUGCGCCGCGUGGACCUAUAGGAACGUGUUGUUCCAGUCGGGGGCGGGGCUUCCACGGAGUAGCCUUUUUGUGACACACAAACACACACACACACACACACACACUGUGGUACCGCUGAGAUGAUCUGGCGUCUGUGAAACUGCCGUUGAUGUUCAUCUGUAACGUUUCAUUCCCGCUAUAGAGACACACACUGUUUACACACACAGUUUACACACUGUAGCUACACACUACUGCUGAGCUGGUACUUCUACACGUUUAUAUCUGUGUUAGUGCACAAAGACGACCGUCUGAUUUGUAUUUAUUGGGACAUUUGGGAGUGAAAUCCAGACCUAGUAUCUGUUAUUAUUUUUGUAACUGAUGCUUAAUUUAUUGUGUUUGAUUGAAAUGAACAUAUUUGUAUUUGUAUAUGAUGAAAUAGUUUUUAGUUCUUUUUAUACUUCAGGUUGUUUGGAUGUUUAUUUUUUAUCACUUAGUGACAUGUCACUCCACCACGAUGUACAUUUCCAAAUAAAUAUUUCUCUAUUUCACUGUCGAUAUUAUAAUUAAAUGUUCAAUCAAGUCAAA